GAUGAGUGGUCACGAGAAAAGAAAAUGUCAAACACACGAAAAUUAUAUACGCGGAGGGCGGAGAGUGUUUUGUAAUCAUAAAAUUAAAACUAAAUUUUCGAUCCAAGUGAAAUAAAAAUCGAUAAAGACAGUAUACCAAAAUCUAUUCAGUGCAAAUAACACCAGAACAUGACUGGCCGGAAUCGAAACCAGGUGACGAAGCUCGAGACCACCAUCGAGCAGUGCCGUGGUGAUGGAAAAUGGCCCCGAGUAAUAGAACUGGCCGAUGAGCUGAAAUCGGGCUAUCCACAAGUUGAGAGUUUGGCCAAUUUUCUGAUGGGAGAAGGUAAGCUGGAAAGUUACCUGGAGGAACACCCACCGAUCGAGGACAAUGUCCUAAAAGCGAGACUCGGUUUGACCGAUGCCAAACGGUACUUGAACUCGGUGAUUGGCGAGAGCGGUAAGAAAGCGGGAAUCGCCCUGGACGCGCACCUGCUGUUGGCAAAAUUGUUCUUUGCCUGUGGCCAGUACGAUGAGUCGCUGCAGAGCUUUGUGUUGGCGGAGUUGAAUACCUUGUCGGAGAAGCACCUGUCGCCGCGUAGCAUUCGAAUCCUGGCCGAGUCAUAUGCCAUUAAGGGGAUGUGCUUGGAGAAGAAGGGUGCGAAGGCGCCAUCCAAGUUCAAGCAGGCGGAGCAGGAAUCGGAGAUGAUAACCUGUUUCGAGAGGGCAGCGGAUUUGGGUAUUUUGUACCUCCAAGGUCAGCAACAGCAGCAGCAACAACAACAGCAGCUGCAACAACAGGACAGUAGUGGUCAGGUUGAGGUCCGCCAGAUGGGUGCCGUACUGGAGACGGGGCUUCAGCGGGCGCCAAUCGUGCUGAUAAAGACGGGCAAGCUGCAGAACGCCAUUGAUCGGUACCGAGUGAUGUUGAACGCGGUGGAGACCAAGGCCACUCAGACGUUUAGGCUCACCUUAGCCAGACAGUUGGCAGAAGUGCUGUUGAGAGGCGUAUCCGGGACGAUUUAUACCCCACCGACAAGUUUGGGUUCCGGGAAAAGUGGUUCCAAGAGUAAGAGCUUGUGGGAACCGAAAAAGUACGCAGCCAGACAGCAGUUUAUUCCGAGGAACCAGCACGAGGAGACAAUACUGCUGCUGCUUAUUGCAGAAGCUUUGGCCGUUAGGGAUGCUGUCCUAUCGCAGAGUCCGGAGUUCAAGGAUGCGAGGAUUCAUUCGCUAGGAAAUGCGACCGCUAUAUACGAUUUGAUGACGUUAGCUACGGUCCGUUGGAAUCAGGUUGGAUUGCUGCACGAUUCUUUGGAGAAGGCUUUGAAGUUUGCCUUUGGAGAGAGCCACGUAUGGAAACAGUACGCUGUUUGUUUGAUUUCCAUGGGUCGAUAUAAGCACGCAGUGUGCGCAUUGAAGGAACAUUCCAAAUUGGAACCGAUGGAUAGUUUAAGCUGUCUUAUGGCCGCCAGGUUGUGCUAUGAACACCUGGAUCAGAUCAAGGAUGGAUUGGCUUUUGCUGAACAAGCUUUGAGUAAAGAAGUAAAGGGGUUGAGGCGGUCUCGUGCCCAGCUGUAUGUUGGAAUUGGUCUACAGCAAGUGGCGGUAUCUGCGACAUUAGUUUCGGAAAAGGACCGCUACAAUAAGCUUGCAUUCGAGGCACUAGAGAAAGCAGUUUUGCAGGAUCCAAACGACCAUCUAUCUGAGUAUUACCUGGCUUGCCAGCAUGCAUUUAACUACAACAUCACCGAAGCCCUUCUCCACAUUACCAACGCAUUGUCCCUCCGAGCCGAACAUGCCUCCAGUUUGCAUUUGUUUGCACUUUUGCUAACGGCCAACCGACGUCCGAAGGAGGCACUCGGCGUGGUUCAGGAUGCAUCCGAAGAAUUUCCGGACAAUCUUAAUCUGCUGCACGUUAAGGCGCAUCUGGAACUGUACCUAACGGACGUCGAAACGGCACUGGAGACGGUCCAGCAGAUGCUGGGCAUUUGGCGCGAAGUGUACGAAGUGCAGCUGGCCAAUGCCGGAAGCGGAAUGGAGCAUGACCACGAAAAGCAUUCCGAUACAAGGAGCGUGCUGCAGAUGCAAACGUCGCAGAUGUCAGAUAAGGAUUCAAAUUCGAUUCAUGCUGCUUCGCUUGCGGCGUCCCGCAUUGAGCACGCCCUCAGCGAAGCGGCCAGCUCGCUGAGUUCGUUCAGUCCCCGUCCCGGCCCACAGAAGGCAUGGAUGAUCCAGUUCAAGAUAUGGCUCCUGCUGGCGGACGUCUAUCUGGCCAUCGAACAGCCCAACGAAGCGAUCAACUGCAUCCAGGAGGCAAGCCUGAUCAACCCCGUGUCGCACCAGGUCAUGUACAUGCGUGGUCUAAUUCACAUCUACCAGCAGCAAUGGGCAGAUGCGAAGCAAUGCUUCCUCAACGCAGUAUCCGCCAAUCCGUACCACACGGAGGCUUUGCGCGCUCUAGGGGAGGCUCAUCUGACACUGGGAGAACCACGUCUCGCGGAGAAGACCCUCAAGGAUGCCGCCCGGAUCGACCCUAAUUGUCCGAAGAUUUGGUUCCUGUUAGGCCGAGUGAUGGAGAGUCUUGGGGACUACACGGCUUCGGCCGACUGUAUGGCAACGGCGUUGCAGCUGGAACCUUCCUGCCCGGUGCUACCAUUCACCUCGAUCGCGUUGAUAUUCGAUUAAGGACAUCGCGAACGGAAGAGAAUCGCAAUACCAUAUGUGUUUUCGUUAACUAAUUCUAAGAUUUGCUUGACAAAUGGGAUGUCCAUUGUAACUGUCUUUCUGUAUUUUCAUGGUGUUGAUUAUAAUAUCCAGGUGUACGUGUAUUAAUGUUACAAUCUU